UUUUGAUAUGUAUUGCUGGAGUUACUUGCGAUACUUCCUUGCUGAUUUAGCAAAGCUAGAGUGAUCUUCUAUUGUUAUAAUUCGUCACCUUUGUAUCCCCAGUCAGUGCAACUAGCUAUGGAAGGGGGCAUACGAGUGGCAGUUAAGAACUUGCUCAACCCUCAAGCACCAGGUACUUUGAUUACUGCAACAAGAGAUAUGAGCAAGGUUAUAUUAACCAGCAUUAUGCUGAAAUCAAAUGUUACAGUGCUGAACAUAAAGAGCAGAAGGAUUCUACACCAGUCCGGUUUUCUAGCGAAGUCCUUCUCAAUUUUCGAAAAAUUGGGCAUUUUUGUCAGUUGUGUGGUUACUAGUGAAGGCAAGAUAUCAUUGAUAACAAUUCCACCAAAAACGUCGAGUCAUGAAUUGGUCCAGCUGGAGCUUGAUAGUGUAAUUGGGGAUCUUAAAGAAAUUGCAAUUGUUGAUCGACUAGAGAACAGAUCAGCCAUCUCCCUGAUAGGGAACGCACAGAUGUCACAACUCAUUCUUGAAAAGGCGGUGAAUGUUCUCCGGAGCAUUAAUGUUACGGCCCAGAUGAUCUCGCAAACAUCAUCCGAGGUGAUGAAAAUUUCCUUUGUGGUGAAUGACCAUGAGGCAGAACGUUGCGUGCAAGCCCUCCACUCAGCAUUUUUUGACAAGGGUUUGGUGUCAGAAGCACAAGUUGCAGAGGUGGAGCGCGCAAUCCCAUCUGCAGUGGCGUCGAGCUCCGGUGUCAAGAAGAGAAAGGCCUGGGGGGAGCACCAAGCAACGGGUGUUUGUCAGGAAAGGGCAGACAUUACUGCUGACCGCAGUCAUAGUGUUAUUGAGCAUCCAAUCAUGCCUGACGCUGGAGGAGAUGACUACGUCAGCGUUCCCGCAGAGCACCUGGACAUCAUACCUGACGACAAUCCUGUGGCUGUCAGAGUCGACAAUGAUGGAUUUGCCGGUGGCAGUGUAAUGCCUCAACCCCAAGCUGUUCAGCCCGAGCAACCAUCAGGUGUUGACGCGAACCACAGUGCUGAGGUGUACAAUAAGCUCUGGGCAUUUCUGGACAACGACAACCCGAUGCCUGUCAGAGGUGACAACGGCGAUGGGGAUCCACUUGCGUGGUUUGCCGGCAUACUUGAACCUGGCGACUACCCGAUGUUCGACGACAGCGGGUUGGACAACGCCCCGAUGCUGAAUGCUGAUGCCGAGCAGCAGGGACGACUCACUGAGGCGGCGGAGGGCGGCAGCCCAAUUGUCACGGAGGAGGAGGAGGUGAUAAAGGCCCUGAUAGCAGGUGAUACCCCUGAUAAGUUCUUUGGCUUGCCCAGCAGCGACAUGUCUUGGUCCCCGCCAGCGCUUGCCUCAUCGUCAUCGUUGCAUGUGGCAGGGGAGUGUCAGACAACAUUCUGCGGCCUCUGCGUGUGGCAGGGGAGUGUCAGACAACACUCUGCGGCCUCUGCUUCACCGAGGAAAUAG